CUCCGGAGUAUCGAGCGAGUUUAGAAGUUCUCCCUCCUUUGGGACAUUCUCCGGAGUAUCGAGCGGGUCCUAGGAGCGAGUUAAGAACUUCUCCCCCCUGUGGGACAUUCUCCGGAGCACCAUGGAUCCCGGUUCCUCCCUCACGCAGACCUGCAGCUCCGGGAGCAGGCGCUGACGAAGAGGAGGAUGAAGGUGCUGGUUUCUCGCGGGUAGGACUCGCGGCACAGAGCGGGUCAUUACAUGGAGACUCGCCUGACAUGCCCAGGAAGGAGUUGCCACUACCUGAGGGUUGGGAGGAGGCCAGAGACUUCGAUGGAAAGGUCUACUACAUCGACCACAUCAACCACUGCACCAGCUGGAUCGACCCCAGGGACAGGCAGACGAAGCCUCUGACGUUUGCCGACUGCAUCGGGGACGAGCUGCCGAUCGGCUGGGAGGAGGCGUACGACCCCCAGGUCGGAGCGUACUAUGUCGACCACAACACCAAGAAGACGCAGCUGGAGGACCCGCGGGCGCAGUGGCAGCGGGAGCAGGAGGCCAUGCUGCGGGACUACCUGGCCGUGGCCCGGGACGCCCUCAGCGCCCAGAAGGAGAUCUACCAGGUGAAGGAGCAGCGGCUGCGGCUGGCGCAGCAGGAGUACCGGCAGCUCAACGACGCCUGGAGGGACAAGACCACGUCCCAGACCAGCUUGAAUUCACGAUCAUCGUCUUCCAGCAAGUACGACCCCGAUAUCCUGAAAGCAGAAAUAGCCACAUCGAAAAGUCGGGUGAACAAGCUGAAGAGGGACCUGGCCUGUAUGAAGCAGGAGCUGCAGUUCAAAGAGCAAGGCUUCGAGACCCUCAGAGGGAUCGACCAGAAGGUUUCCAGCUUCCCGUUGGGCUUCAAGCUGCAGGAGGCGCAGGCCAUCCUGAGCGAGGUGCGAACCAUCCGAGACGCCAUCAGCUCCGGAGAGAAGGAGAAGCAGGAACUCAUGCAGAAACUGGCGGUUCUGAAGGACGGGUUCCAGCUGGACUCCGGCUCGCAGCAGGACCUGUGGGGCAGCAGUCCCUCGCUCGCCAACUCCGAGCUGAACAUCCCGAGGAUCUACUCGGACGCCGGCUCGCAGACCGACAUCCCUGCAGAGUUCCUGAGCAGCAGCAACAAACUGGCGGAGAAGGUUCGUCUGAGUCUGAAGUACGAGGAGGCCAAGAGGAGGAUCGCCACCAUCGAGGUGCAGAUCGCCAAACUGGACAGCGAGGCGUGGCCGGGGCUGCUGGACCCCGAGCGGGACCGCCUCAUCCUCAUCAACGAGAAGGAGGAGCUUCUGAAGGAGCUGCAGUACGUCCGGCCCCGGCAGCGGCUGCAGCCCAGCGACGCCCAGAAGCUGGAGUCCGAGAAGAAGCGUCUGGAGAGAGACCUGCAGAACGCCAGAGACAACCAGAGCAAGGCGCUGACCGAGAGGCUUCGACUUCACUGCAAAAGAAACAAACUGGUGCGGGAGCUGGAGGAGAUGGUUCGACUGGCGGCGACACUUCACACUCAGCUGAAAAGCCUCUCAGCCAGCACCUUGUCCUGCUCCUCCGGCAGCAGCCGAGGAUCCUUGACGUCGAGCCGCGGUUCCCUCGCCACCACCUCCAGCCUCGGCUCCUCCUCCUCGCUCAGCUUCACCGACAUCUACCUGGAGCAGCCCGAGCUGGCCGACCCGGACUUCCAGAACAAGCUGGACAGCCUCCUGCAGGAGGGGGGGCAGGGGGGCUACCGGCCCUCCAGCUCCAUCACCACCAUCCACGAGCACGAGGUGGUGACGGGCUGCGGGGGGGGCCGGGACGCCGUGACGCCCGGGGACAAAGUGGGCGGGGCGGGAGGAGACACGGGAAGCCCGGCUGGAGGGAGCGCAGCGGGCGGGGGGGCGGAGCCGGGGUCCACCAGGAUCCAGACCCUCAGACUCUCAGAGACUCCUCGCUCCAUGAGCUCCUUAUCGCCUCGCUCGUCCCUCUCCUCUCUCUCUCCGCCCUGCUCGCCGCUGGUCACAGACACCAGCUUCCUGUCCGGGGAGACGUUCCCGGGUCAGACGGGUCCCGGUGGUCUGGGUCUGGACCUGGAGCUCCACAGCCGGCUCACGGAGCUGGAGCUCAGCCUGGACGCUCAGGAGCAGGACCAGGGCUCGGGGGGGCCGGAGGAGAAGCAGGACGCCAACACAUCGCCCGGCGGGGAGGUCAAAGGUGAACAGGAAGUUGUAGACCUGUUUCCUGUCUUGUCUUUUCAACCAGUAGAAAUAAUCCUCAUCGAGAACGCCGGCGCUCAGAUCAGUUUGGCGGAUGUCAGCUGUUCGGACGAGAGACGCACAAAGUGGUUCAACCUGCUGAGCCGCGCCUACAUGCCUGACAUCAGACAGGAGGACGAGGACAGCAGAGCAGCCGGAGGCUCGGACCGGACGCGAGUUUCCAGCAGCGACACAGUCGGAGCUUCUGAGGACGACGAGUGGCACUGCGACCCACUGGAGGCCGACCUGUUUGAGGAUGAAGAUGGAAAUGGCGUGGGGGGAGCUGGGCCUCUGGAGGAGGAGGAGCUUUAUCCCGACAGCAGCCAAUCGGAAGCAGAAGAAGAGGAAGAGGGGGAGGAGGAAGAGGAGGAAACUAGACCUCCUCCUCCUCCUCCUCCUCCUGCGACAGGAGCAAGGAUCCCAGAGACGGUGAACAAGGAGACGAGUGUCCACGGUCUGUCCUCGUCCCACCACUGCUCCGUGGUCCGUCCCAAGGAGCGGCGCCCGGACGUCCACCAGCAGAACCCGUUCAUGAGAGGCAACACCAUCAUCCGCUCCAAGACCUUCUCCCCCGGACCUCAGAGCCAGUACAUCUGCAGGAUAAACCGCAGUGACAGCGACAGCUCCACCCUCUCCAAGAAGUCGCCGUUUGUCAGAAACGCCUCCGAGAGACGUAGCAUGCGCAUGAAGAAGCCUCCUGUGCAGGUCAAAGGACUGGACGGGCUCCUGAGGACCUCCAUGGACCUGGAGCUGGACCUGCAGGUGUCCCGGACCCGACAGACCCGGCUGGCCCAGGAGCUCCGGGUUCUUCGGGAGCUGAAGACGCAGCUGGAGAAGGCGAGACAGCUGGGCCAGAGGGAGCUGCCGGCCUGGGUCCAAGAGGACGAGCGCUUCCGAAUCCUCCUCAAACAGGCGGAGAAACAGACUCGAGAGGAGCAGCUGCAGGAGAAGCGGGUGGAGAAGAGGAUGCGAGCAGCGGCCAAGGACGUCCACAAGAUCCGGGGCCAGAGCCGCAAAGAGGUUCCUGAGGUCCAGACCUUCAGAGAGAAGAUGGCGUUCUUCACACGAGCGCGGAGCAGCAUCCCCGACCUGCCGGCCGACAGCGUGUAGAGAAGCAUUUCAAAGUACCCCCCC